AUGGCGCCCGCCCGGAAAAGGACAAACAACAUUGCACGCCGCAGGCGGCUUGAUGACGAGGACGAGAGCAAGUCGCUGGUCACCGAGCUGGCGGACGACUCGCAGAGCGACAUUUCAGCGCCCAGCGACGUGGACGCCGACGCCGACGCCGACAACAGCGACCUGAGUGACGCAGACAGUGGCGUGGCGCCGACAGAAGGGAAGCCAAAGCGGAAGGCAAAUGGGACUCGUAGCGGGAAGGCCGCACCAGCUGUCAGCACCCGGCAGCCCUCGCCGCCCAUUGCGCGGUCUGACGCCGCCUUCACGGCCCUGAAGGACACGGAAGCCAUGAUGAACGGACUGAGCAUGACGGACGCCGCGAGCAAGGCCGAAGAGGUCGACUUCGAGACGGGGGCGCCUGCUGAGUCCGCGCCGGCCGUCGGCCCGCCCUCUGCACGGCCAGAGACGCUGGGCGAUCGCAGGCGGCGGGAGCACGAGGAGUACAAGAAGAAGCGUGACUCGGACCCAGCCUUCAUCCCCAACAGGGGCGCCUUCUUCAUGCACGACUCCCGCUCCGCGCCGGGCCAGAACGGAUUCCGGCCGGUCGGCGGACGUGGUCGAGGGCGCGGAGGCAUUGGCGGGCCAUUCUCUCCAGCAAACUUGAGACAACACGCCCCCGAGGCGACGGAUUCGCCGUGGCAGCACGACCUGCACGAGGCUGUCAACGCGCCUCACCAGCCCGCACAACACGCACCGCCCAGCAACAUGCCCACACAACACGCGCCCCACGCGCCACAACACGCUCAAAGAGCGCCCUUCGCUCCUGUCUCGAGACCGCCGCAGACUCGCAACUUCUCCACCACCGUGCACACCCAUAACGCCGUCGUCCGAAUCCUCCUUCCCAGCAUGAAAGCCCCCGUCACCUUCCAGAACGUCCCCAUCAAGUCACACACACGCCUGCCGAACCAUCGCCCGCCUCUCCGCCGCGACAAGCCCGUCCGCAUCUCGCUGCCUCCAUCCGCACCACGCUACAUCUUCCCCACAGUCGAGCGGUCUUUCAUCUUCAUCCCGCGCGCGCUGCGCCCCAACCAACAAGGCUUUGGCCGUGGCCGAGGGAGGUUUGGUUCAAUCGGCGGUGGAGGCUUCUCGAGCAGACGGACGAGUGUAUACGGCGGGAGCGUGUACUCGCCAAGCGUAGCCCUUAGCAGGCGGUCAUCUAUUGCUCGGGAUAACAUGGUCUCGCCGGCUGGCUCCAUCAUGUCCAGAAACGGCAGCUUCAUCGACCCGAACCGGCCUGUUGUGCGACUGCCUCCUGGCGGUGUCAGGAUGCCUACUGGUCCGGCCAUCAUCUCGCCCACCAACGGUUCAUACCCUCCGCCGCAAAAGCCAGCAUUCCGCGAGAACUGGGCACAAGGCCAGCUGCCCAUGCACCAGCCACGCCCCCAGAAGAACGUCAAUGUCGCAGGCAUCGAGUCGCCUGCUUCGAUGAACUUCAACCCUCCUCAGCAGCAAGAGCAGCAGCCUUUCCAUCAGCAGGUGCCCGCCCACAUCAAUGGCGCUGGGCCAUCAGGCGAGCAGCCAGGUUUCUACCAGCACGCUCGUCAGCCCUCUUAUUCUGGCCAGAUAUCCACAGGUACGCCGCUGAAUAAUAUCCCAGAGCGUGCCAUCCACGCACCCGCCUUCCAGCCCUUUCAGCCUGGCUACCAGCCCCAGCCAUUCGUACCAGGCGGCUACUACUACCCACCCAGCGCUCCUCAACAGCCGUACAUGGCACCUGGUGGCAUGGUACCGAUGUUUGUGCCUGGCGCGCAACAACCCUACGCUAUGCCGGCACCGGCGCCUGCCGUCGCUCCUCCUGCGCCCGCUGCUGCAGGCCCUCCGAACAUGGUCGCUGUUGAGCAGAACGGCAUGACCUUCUACAUGGACGCCAACCAGCUGCCCUACGCACCGCCUGCGGACGCCUACGCCGCGCAGCCCAGUUACACGAUGCCCGGCAUGGGCGGUAUGAUGACUCCUGCACCGGACGGCGCGUACUACUACCCGCAGCAGAUGCAGCCUACGGCCUUCUAUCCUCAGCAGUAG